AGGUUCCACGAGAUUAUGACCCAUGAACACGGCAAAGAUUUGGCGUCACGAGUCCUAGACGUUUGCAACAUACAUGACAAGAACAUGUUUUGCCGAAUCACGUAUCAUCUCAUCUUUUACAUAGCGCAUAACGAGAACGGUUGCAGCAUAAUCAAGAAAGCCAUAACAACAGCUGAUGAUCUCUUCAAAUCUGAUUUCCUCGACCUAAUCGCACAGCACGCUAACUUGCUAAGCACGCACGAUUUAGGAAUCUCCUUAUUCCAACAUGUGGUUGACCUCGACUUUACAAAGAAAACCACAGAAGAAGACACGCGCUUGCACGAGCUAAUGGCUGAGUUUGAUAAGAUUCUCCCGAUCACAUCUGAUACAGCAGAGCUUCAUAAGCUUGCCUUGAAGCUUACGUCAGACUCUGAUCUUUUUCUCGAGUUAGUCAAAACCAAACGAGGCUCGCUCAUGGCUCAGAUAAUCAUAGGAAAAUCCAAGGAAAUCGAUACAGUUUUUUGGGAGGCAAUCAAGCAAAACUACACCAAUGUUGCAACCAGUUUUUACGGUCAUCACAUCUUCCGACGAGCCAUAAACGUUGUCGAGGAAACAAGAAAGUUGAAACUGGUUGCGCAAAUCCUACGCCUAGAUGGAUACAACGCUCUCUACCUAACAAAGGAGCCCCAUAUCGGAAACUUGGUGGUAGAAUACACGAUUAAUCGCCACGACUCGGUCGUUACUGAAUUAGUCGCGAGUGGGCUUCAAGGUCACUACAUUGAGCUUUCUUUUCUGAAACAUGGAAGCAACAUUGUGGCCAUGCUUCUCGGUGAAGAUGAAGAGUUGCCUCUGCUUCUUAUCGUGACGGAGAUUGUCGAGUGUGAUGAGGAUACGUUGGUGAGAUUGGCUAAUGAUGAAUACGGGAAUGGUGUCUUGGCAAAGACUCUGCAAGUUGCCAAAAAGCUUAGGGAUGAUUUGUUUGGUGAUCUAGUUGGCAAGCUCAGGCCUUUUCUUGAUACCUUGCGUGGGUCUCGCGGAGAAAACAUUGCACAAGCCAUAAACGUUCUCGAGGAAAGAGGAAAGUCGAGAUUGUUUGAGAUAACCAAACGCCUCAAUGGAUACAACGCUCUCUACCUAGCAAAGGAACCCAACCUGGGGCUACAAGACGCGAUUGAUCUCCACGAACCGGACUUUACUAAAUUAAUCGCGUGUGGGCUUCGAGGCCACUUCAUUGAGCUUUCGUUUCUGAAACAUGGAAGCAACAUUGUGGAGAAGCCUCUCGGUGAAGAUGAAUAUUUGCCUCUGCUUCUUAUCAUCAUGGAGAUUGACAUCAAGUGUGAUGAAGAUAGGUUGGUGAGAUUGGCUAAGGAUGAAUACGGGAAUGGUGUCUUGAAAAAGACUCUACAAGUUGCCAAAAAUGUUAGUGAUGAUUUGUUUGGUUAUCUAGUUGGCAAGCUCAGGCCUUUACUUGAUACCUUGCGUGGGUCUCGCGGAGAAAACAUUGCAGCUAUCAUCAACGAGUUACAGUGA